AUGUCUACUCCUGAAGAUAGCCGCAAGCAGCCGGCGGAGCGUCUCCCACCAGUCUUGAGGUACCUAAUGCAAUCAACACCACCACCACCACCUCCUCCUCCUCCAUCCGCCUUGAACAUGCUACCCUCGUACAGCAUCAUGGCUGGUAUUGACCGCAACCACGUGUUCGAGGAUGGAGGGGAUUUGAGAUCAAUGGCCCUGCGCGACCUGUCCCCCGCCCUCACCACCGACGAAAUGACCUCCGCCAACAGAGUAGCGUGGCUCAAUUAUUCGGCCCCCCUGUCCCGCGAGCAGCAGCAGAACAAUCCCAACCCGGAUACCGACGACGACAUGGACUCGCAGGCGGCGCUGGUGCUGAUGCAGAUGUCCAGUGACUACCCGACAACUCCACGAGCGCGAGCUGAAGCCUCCUUACACUCAGCAAUCCCACCACGAGCCGGCCGAGACUUGGACAUCCCGACCCUGCUCCGAGACCUGGACCGAUUCGGCGUCAUCUCCGCUAGCUACAAGAAAGAGCUUAUGGAGCUAUUAUACACGCCACGAGACGACCGCGUGCGCAUCAGGAUGCGACACGAGCAACGUCGGCUGCAACGCAUCCAUCGCCAAUUCAACAACAACCGCAUCCGCAAGCGACGCGACCGGCAAGCAGCCGCAACCACGGCCGCAGCCUCCCGCCCCGUGCCUAACUCACCAUCCUCUCUCUCCAGUCUUUCAUCUCCUGACCGCAGUCUCGCGGCGAGGGCCAGGGAGAUACAAAGAGAUGAUCUCAUGCUCGAUGGAAAUGAACGAGAGGAACAAGCGCAAGAGAUGAGGCGAGGCGGCGCCUUCAACCUGCGCGUUCUUGAAGAAUCUUUGGAAGAGCUGUUGGUCCCCGGCGCGCCCGCCGCCUGA